AUGGACAAUGGGGCAGCGUUCCGUUCGGAAGUUUUUCGGUCAAUGUUGGAUAAGUGGAACACUAGGCAAUAUUAUAGAGCAGCGUACAGGCCUAGUGGAAAUGGUAUCGUAGAACGAAACCACCGAACUAUAAAAGUCAUUGCCGAGAGAGGAGGGAUAUCGCCUGCAGAAGCAGUAUUUUGGUAUAAUAUGUCGCCUAAAUCUGGCCAACGUGAAGACACUGUCCCGCACAGAGCAGUUUACAUAUACCAAUGGAGGCAUCCUAGAGUUGCACCAUGUUUAACACGCUCUGACGGCCCUGAAUCUAUACGGAUUGGAGAGGAGGUUCUGGUCAAGCCAACUGGAGCCCGCUGCACGACAAAAUGGACAAGAGGAAUGGUUACCGGGGCACAGUCGCGCAACAAUGUUGAGGUGGACGUGUCACUUGUUCAUCAUAUCUCUAUCUAUCUAUCUAUCUAUCUAUCUAUCUAUCUAUCUAUCUGUGUGUGUUUGUGCAUAUGCAAUGGUAUUUGA